UCCAGAUCUCCAGCUGCAGAUAACGCUGCCUGGCUGCCCAGUACAGUUCCCAGCUCGCGACAUGGCGCCCACCCGAUGGCCCCCGCUCCUGCCCAUCCUCCUCCUGCUCGCCUGUGCCGUAGCCGCGACGGCGACAACGACGAGCACGUCCGGCCCACCCCCAAUCUCCCCAGCGCCGUGGCCGGAGCGGUUCCACGCGGUGCUGUUCACGAACCUCACCAACUACUCCAUGGCGUCGACGGGCCCGCCGCUCCGGAUUACCGACCUCUACUACGACUGGCCGCGCCGGCGCAACCUGAACCUGGUCCGCCACCAGCUCUCCGCCGACCCGCUCUACGACGUGGAGUGGGGCAACGGCACCACCUUCUACUUCGACUCCUCCACGUGCCGCGUGGAGCGGUUCCCCGUCGGCGUGCUGCCGCCCUGGUGGCUCUCCGGCGGCGGCGCCGAGUACAUGGGCCGCGAGAGCACGGGCGGGAUCGACUGCCACGUGUGGGGCAAGGCGGGCUUCAUCGUCUACUACGAGGAGGCCAGCACGGGGCGGCCCGUGCGCUGGAACUUCAUCGACGUGACAGGGAUCCAGCAGUUCGUGAUGAGCUACGAGCCCGGCGUGGCGCUGGAGGGCUCGCAGUGGCAGGCGCCCGCGCACUGCUUCCCGGACGAUGAUGAACAAGGAGAGGGCAAUGAUGAUUUCGCAAGUAGCAGUGAGGAGGAGGUUGGGGAUGGGCUUGAGGCGGCCAGGCUACUCAGGAAGUUUGCAGGAGUUGCACUGUCUUGAUUGUGUUCUAGUGUGCACUAUGCAGCAUCUAUAUAUGCCUACACAUUUCCAUUUCUCUUGUUGUCGCUGUCGAAAAGAUCAGAUGUAUGCUCCGAGACGCAUCUAUAUAUGCAGGAACCAAUAAUGACUAAUGAGAGGCGCAUCUGAUCUGGUACUA